AUGGUCGCCAUCACCAGCACACUCCUCACCCUCGCCAUGACCCUCGCAUCCGCUGUGGCUGUUCCUGCUAGCACCGAGUCCACGGCCAAGCUCACCACCCGAGCCACCGGUGAAAUUACCUAUUUCAACCCAGCCCUCGGUGCGUGCGGCGAGACCAACGGUGAUGGGGACGCUGUUGCCGCCCUCGCGGCGUCCCUGUUCGACGCCGAGCGCCCUUGCAAUCGCAACAUCCGCGUCUCGUACGAGGGUCGGAGCAUGACGGUCCGUGUCGUUGACCGCUGCCAAGCCUGCGUCGGCAACGACGUCGACCUCUCCCCAUCGGCCUUCCAGCAGGUCAUUGGCGACCUUGGCCUGGGCCGCGUUCAGGCCUCUUGGGAGUGGGCUUGA